CUACAACAACACGGCAUUGGACUAAUGGCCAUCCAAACUUUGUGUUUGUGUGGUGCUAGUUGGAGUAUAGUUUUGCGAUGUAGAUUCAGUAGUCUCUUUAUCGUCACCCCCUGCUAGUGUUAUACGGAUGUUUGAAAUUCUUAAAUCAAGAUGCGUGGGGUCUUGUUUGCUGACGUAUACGGAAGCAGGAAGUGGUGGGCUCCAACUUGAAGGAUUCGGAACAACUUUUCGAGCUCGCUGCUGUGCUGUGAUGGCGACCACGGCAAGUCCUGAGCGGAGCCUCUCGGCGCUGUGGAGCACAACGCUCCUUCUGCUGGAAAGCAAGAGCACCCAGUUGGAGAUGUCCAAGAUGGAGUGAGGGCAAGGGACGCCGCGAGCGUCGCUGGCCGCCACGGUUACGUAAACGGAUGAGCUUAUCCAUACGUGGAUUAAUGAGCACCCAAUGGCACCGUGGCCAAACCCCCCCCCCCCCCUCCCCCAAAGAACGGCACGCUUGACUUGGCGAGUGAGCGAGCGAGCGAGCGAGCCACCUGCGAGGUGAACGUCGGCAGACCCGCCGUCUUUUGGAGGCGAGGUAGGCCAGCCGGCCAGCCAGCCAAUACAUCGGCGCCUUUAGCACACACAAGCCACUUGGUGCCAAAACGUGACGUACGACCGCGCUCAGAUAAGCAACGAUGAUGAUGAUGCUGCUGAAGAGGAGGAUGGUUGUGAAUGGCGAUGAUGCUAGAACUCUCGGGCGCUCGCUCUCUCUCUCGCGCGCGCGUGCGCGCUCUCUCUCUCGCUCUCUCUGAAAUAUAUAUUCAAAUGUAAUCACAGAGGUAGCUUUUCUCUUUAUUCAAAUGAGCUGCCAGAAUGUAAAGAAACAAACUUGUAACGUCAUAACCAGAAGAACGAUUGGCUUACAUAUGUAACGAGCAGUUGCUUUUGUUCGUGUCACCACUUUAAGAAACCAACCAGAGCGUCAGUAAAGAAUAAAUAGUCCCGUCACAGAAAUUGAUGUUUGAUCAUAAUAUCAAUGUAUUGUUGUAUUAUAGUAAUAUAAGAAUAAGUAUGCAAAGUUAAGCAACAUUGUAAUAACUUUGGGGAUUUGCCCUCAACCAACAUGGCCAAAUUGUGUCGUCAUGGAAGGGCAAGCUCCUUCUUGCUUCUGAUUGGCCAGUAAAGCGAAACACGCCCCUUGAGCGCUCUGCCCUCGCUGAGAGGUUUUGACGGCCGUCACUCACAACCGCAGCCAAUUGUGUGUAUUUAUCCAUUUCCUUUGCGACGGAAGUAAGGAGGACGUUGGCGGCGCUCGUCGGUAACUGCCAUCCAAGAUGUCGGCGACGUGUGUCUUCCCCAUGUGUGUGCGAGCGAGCCGGGGCCUCUUGAGUUUUCGGAGCGCCGCGGCGGACGUCGCACGCACACUGUCCACGGACAAACAGCCGGCCGGGCAUGGCGGUACGACAGGUCUGGCCCAGGCGAUUCUCCAGGAGCGGCUCCGACAGCAGAGUCAGGGCCAGCCUCGUCCCGCAGAGGGCGCCGAAGCCGCGGCCGGCGAGCGGGCGGCGGCCGGUGAAGAGAAGCAGAAGCAGAAGGAGAACACCGCCUAUGCCAAGAAGAUGGCACUGAGGUUGGCGGGACUGAUGGGCCUGGGCGGCGCCGUCACCGUCGUCUACGUUUUUGGGUCCAAUUCGGUGGACGAACAAGGAACACGGGUUCCCGAUGAGUUUGACCGAGAGCCUCCGGUGGUCCAGCAGCUCAAGAGAACCAUCAAGUACUUUCAGGACUACAGACAGAUGAUCAUCGAGCCCACCAGCCCCAAAUUGCUGCCGGACCCAGUGAAGGAGCCGUACUACCAACCCCCGUACACGCUGGUCCUGGAGCUCACCGACGUGCUGCUGCACCCGGAGUGGUCGCUGGCCACCGGGUGGCGCUUCAAGAAACGUCCAGGCAUCGACUACCUGUUCCAGCAGCUGGCGCCGCUCUACGAGAUCAUCAUCUUCACCGCAGAGACGGGCAUGACGGCGUACCCUUUGAUCGACGGCAUCGACCCGCAGGGCUUCGUCCUGUAUCGCCUCUUUCGAGACGCCACGCGCUACAUGGAAGGACAUCACGUCAAGGACGUGUCGUGCUUGAACCGCGACGGCAGCAAGGUGAUCGUGGUGGACUGCAAGCGCGAAGCCUUCAGCUUGCAGCCCUUCAACGGGGUGGCGCUCAAGCAGUGGGACGGCAACUCGGACGACCGCACGCUCUACGACCUGGCCAACUUCCUCAAGACCAUCGCUCUGAGCGGCGUGGAGGACGUGCGCUCGGUGCUGGAGAACUACGCCGCCGAGGACGACCCCAUCGACGCUUUCAAGCGCAGACAGGCGCAGCUGGCGCAGGAGGAGGAGCAGCGUGUCGGCGAAUGGUCGCAGCAGAAGAAAGCGGGCGUGUCUCUGGGCUCCAUCGCUUCACGCUUUUGGCGUUCCAAGCAGCAGUGAGCGCGAGCGGACACCGGCGCCCUCCAAUCAGACGCUUUUUGUGGAGCCAGCGCAGCUUUUGCUGGCAGGCCCCGCCCCGCCCCUUCCAGGGAACCAAGCGUCCCAUCGGAUCGGAUUGGGUCGGCGGGGCUCCCAACUUGGCCCCUCCUUCAGAGCUCUGCCAAAUCAUCAAGAAAGACAAACUAUCCAUUCACACAAAGAUGGUGGCUGACACCGAGGCGGAGGGAGGCGCUUGCUGUCUGUCGUCACUCUUUUUUUUAAUUCUUAUUAUUUAUGAACUUUGUGCACCGCAUCAUCUUGGUGCGUCCGCUUAGUUUCUGUCACUUAUUUGUACUUUGUUCAUGACAUCCAUUUAAAAAGACAGUGAGUCUCAAA